CCAAUCAAACCUAAAGUAUAAGAAGAAGGAUGUACCAACGCUUACUAAGUUGUCAAUACUAAUAGACUGCCUACUGUAGAUAGUCGUUAUGCGAUGUAAACUGGCAUACUGACUCAAAGGAUAGACCUAUUCAACCUUGGGCAGGUCCACCUACGAAGCUUUUGAGCGGUUGUCGUGAGCAUGGCAGACCGGGAGGAGCGCCGCUUCGCCGAGGUUUCCCGGGAGUCCGUCAGACUCAUGGCCGAGAGUGCAGGCGUGGAGCUCGCCGACGAUGUGGCCGCUCUUCUGGCUGAGGACGUGUGUUACCGGCUUCGGGAGGCAACACAGAGCAGCUCUCAGUUUAUGAGACAUGCAAAGAGGAGGAAGCUGACAGUGGAGGACUUAAACAGAGCUCUGCGCUGGAGCAACGUGGAGGCUAUCUGCGGCUACGGGGCCCAGGAUGCUCUUCCUUUCCGUUCGGUUAAAGAAGGGGAGCUUUUCUUUGUUGAGGAUCGGGACAUCAAUCUAGUUGAGUUGGCAUUGGCCACCAAUAUUCCCAAGGGCUGUGCUGAGACCAUGGUGCGAGUGAAUGUGUCUUACCUUGAUGGGAAAGGCAACCUUGAGCCUCAGGGAACGGUUCCCACAGCAGUGCAGUCUCUGUCGGAUGACUUGUUGAAGUACUACCAGCAGAUCACACGGGCCAUUCUGGGAGAGGACCCCCACCUCAUGAAGGUGGCUCUGCUGGACCUCCAGUCCAACUCCAAAAUCGCUGCCCUCCUUCCGUACUUUGUUUAUGUCAUCAGUGGGGUGAAAUCAGUAAGUCAUGACCUGGAGCAGCUCAACAGGCUUCUCCACAUGGUGAAGAGCCUGGUCCAGAACCCUUUCCUGUACCUGGGCUCAUACGUGCGCAGCCUGGUCUCAAGCGUCAUGUACUGCAUCCUGGAGCCGCUGGCUGCCUCCAUCAACCCACUCAAUGACCACUGGACCCUCAGGGACUACGCCGCCCUGCUCCUCAGCCACAUCUUCUGGACUCAUGGUGAUCUGGUGAGUGGUCUCUAUCAUCAGAUCCUGUUGUCACUCCAAAAGGUUCUGUCUGACCCAGUGAGACCACUCUGCUCCCACUAUGGCGCUGUGGUGGGGCUUCAUGCUCUGGGAUGGAAGGCUGUUGAGAGAGUGCUUUUCCCACACCUUCCUGCCUAUUGGGCCAAUCUCCAGGCUGUGCUGGAUGACUACUCUGUUUCCAAUGCCCAGGUCAAAGCAGAUGGACAUAAGGUGUAUGGAGCCAUCCUGGUGGCGGUGGAACGUCUGCUGAAGAUGAAGGCCCUGUCUCUGUCUCAGCCAGCAGAGGGAGUCUCCAGUGGUCAGCCGGGCUCGGUGGUGGGUGCUAUGGGUUACAGGGUGAGCUCCCCAGGCCUCAGCCCCCCUCCAGAGCCUCCGUCAGAGGCUGCCUUGGGAAUCGCCAGCCACCUUCAGGCAGGCGGGGCAGGCUGUCCUUGGGAGGAGUGGACUCCUGUCCCUCUCCCUGCCAUGUACUGUGAGCUCUACUCCUUCUUUGGAGACAGUCUGGCAGUCAGGUUUAGUACAGGACCUGGGUUUGGCAGCUACCCUCCCUGCACCCCAUCCCAGCUCAGUGAUGCCAGAAAAGACCCCCCUGGCCCUGGCUCCAACUCUGACACCACCCGAAAGAUGCCACAGCUAACUGCCAACCUCAACAUCAGCCCCAGACAGGAUGGGAGUCCUCGCACCGAUCCGCCUCCGCCCAGCCUGGCAGCUACUGGAUCAGGAAGGUCCCUGGCUCGCUCCUCCUCCUCCUCAUCCUCUGUGCAGCGCUCCAGAUCUUCCUUGUCCCGUUCAGGCCAGCGUUCGGCAGGCCUGUCUCGUGAUGUUUUCCCCAAAGCUCGAUUCACCUCGCCUCAGACAGGACCUCCUGCGUUUUCCUUCCUCAUUGGCGGACGGCAAAUGGGUCGCCGCUGCCAAGGGCGCCGUCCCUUCCAGACCACUUUUGCCCCAACUCCGCCUCUUUCUGCCAUCCCACCACGAGCCUAUGCCCACAAACUUCCUGUCAUUGGCAGGGUGGGCAAACCUGUACGCCGCUGGGCGUGUUCCCAUUACUCGUUACAUCUCCCUCUCUAGUCUCAGAACUGAGCUUCAGAUUGCAUCCCUACAAAGACUUUAGCAAGCUCAUAAUGUUUUUCAGCUCAAGCUACCAAAACGUUGUUGUGUCACAAAAAAUGAUUACACUUUUUAGUAAGAGUUAAUACAAAGUGACACUGUGCAGACUGCAACCACUAAAACACAGUGCAUACAAUUAUAAUUAUAGAUUAUAAUUAUAAUUAUAAUUAUAGAAAUAUUUCAGUUGUUUUUAAUUCUCAUUUUGACAUCAUUUAAGCAAUUCUUAAAAACUUACCGUGGCUGUUUUCUGUCUGUUUGUUUACAGAGUAAUGUUUUCAGUCAUUUAGAGUCGUCUUUUUGUCCCCUGAUGAUUACAAGUCCUGCAUCGCUCUCCUUUUAGCUCUGUUUUGAGAAAACAUUGGACUCAGCUCUCCAUUAUGUUCACCAGCUAGUCUCUAAGUGUGUGUGUCUGCUGUUUGCUGCUACUCAGGUAGUGUACAGUGGCAUUUUAGAGCUUUUCCUCUGAAAGCAUCUGCCUGUGUGACUGAAAACGAUACUGUUGGAGCAGUGAGCAUGAACCAGAACAGUUUGUGCCAGACAGCUAAACAAUAAGCCGAAACUCACUAUAAACCUCUGGAAAGCCGAGAGGAGCUGCAGAUUCUCAGAUAAUUAUCUGAAGGGUCAUCCAUACACAUUUCACAUUGCCCCAUUGUUUUCACACUGCCAUUUGAUACAUUGUAAAAAUAUCCAUUAUUCAAAUAUGUUUUGUUUCCAACCAACAUUCAAGAAGCCAGAUAUGUUCACCUUACAGUGAUAGAGAAGCAUGAUGUCCUUAUAUGUGAGAAGCUGGAACAAGAGAGUGUGCUUUUGAUACAUGAUUUAAAAAGUUAAACUGUGGACAGCAUAUAGGCCUGCCUUGUGUUUGGGGAAAAAAAGUGACAUCUUUCACAUUGUUGUUAAUAAAAAAAGAAUAAAAAAAAAAAUCAUA